GGGAGCAGCAGCUACAGCUUCACCCAACUCCAAGCAAAGACCCUCUCUUUUGUGGAGACCGGGCUGAAGGGGCUGAGGAGAGGGAGAAGGGGAGAGAGAGAGAGCUACCCACAGCGACCCUCCCACCCAGCCUGGCACAGAGGCAAAGGCAGAUGCCCAGCGGCGUGCCUUCUGCUGCCUCUACACGGCGGCAGCCUGCGGGAGGGAAGGGUUGCGUAGCUGCUUGCACAGGGUUCGGAUCAAGAGGAGGAGGAGGAGGAGGAGGAGGGAGCUGUGGUGGAAGACAGGCAUCAGCUGGCACAUCUCCAAGGCCUAUCUGACACGCACACAGCUGGAGGGAUGCUCCCCAAGGGCGGUGCGCAGCUGGCUGGAGAGCCCGAACUGAGGAUUGAAAGCGCCCUGGCAUGGCUGCGGAGCGAGCUGCAGGAAAUGCAGCUGCAGGACCAGCAACUCCUGGAGAAGCUGAAGAAACUGCACACCACGCUGUGGGAGCUGAAACUGGUCUGUGCAGACUGGGAGAGUGCCAAUCCCAGCAGGAACGGGUUCGGGGCCAGAGCCCGCUCGAGUUCAGAAGACAUGGGGGACGCCCUUCCACCUAGAAGGUCCCACAAAAGACGGGCAAGCCGGAGAAAUUCUCUCCCGUGAUCGGUAUGGAACUCCUUGGCCUCUUAGGAUGAAUUUCAAUUUCAACCAGACAAAGAUCUGUUCCCGUUUUUCUCGCCCUCAGGAGCUCAAAGAAGGGUGGACUUCAACUCCCAGAAUUCCUCAGCCAGCUAUGCUCUGUGCCCCCUUGAAGAUGGGUGGACUUCAACUCCCAGAAUUCCUCAGUCAGCUAAGUCCACCCUUGAAGAUGAAUGGGCUUCAGCUCCCAGAAUUCCUCAGUCAGCUAUGCUCUGUGCCCCCUUGAAGAUGGCUGGCCUUAAACUCCCAGAAUUCCCCAGCCAGCCAUGCAUUGUGGCUACUUGAAGAUGGGUGGACUUCAACUCCCAGAAUUCCCCAGCCAGCCAUGCAUUGUGGCUACUUGAAGAUGGGUGGACUUCAACUCCCAGAAUUCCUCAGUCAGCUAAGUCCACCCUUGAAGAUGAAUGGGCUUCAGCUCCCAGAAUUCCUCAGUCAGCUAUGUUCUGUGCCCCCUUGAAGAUGGCUGGCCUUAAACUCCCAGAAUUCCCCAGCCAGCCAUGCAUUGUGGCUACUUGAAGAUGGGUGGACUUCAACUCCCAGAAUUCCCAAGCCAGCCAUGCAUUGUGGCUACUUGAAGAUGGGUGGACUUCAACUCCCAGAAUUCCCAAGCCAGCCAUGCAUUGUGGCUACUUGAAGAUGAAUGGGCUUCAGCUCCCAGAAUUCCCCAGCCAGCCAUGCAUUGUGGCUACUUGAAGAUGGGUGGACUUCAACUCCCAGAAUUCCCCAGCCAACCAGUUAUGGUUCCACACAUCAGCAAAUUCCCAAGGGAAAGAAACAUGUUGUGCCUGCAAAGAAAAAA